AUGACCAACGUCUGGGACAAGACCAAGAUCGCCUCCCUCCUCGGCCGCGCCUUCGCCCCGCAACUCGCCCGUCAGCGCGCCGCAGGCGAGGAACCCGACGCCAACAUCGACGUCCUCAUCACCUUUGACUCGAUUGGCGUCUCCUCCCACCCGAACCACAUCUCGCUGUACCACGGCGCCCGCGCCUUCAUCUCCGCCCUCUCAGCCGACCCGCAGUGGCCAUCCCCUGUCGACCUGUACACCCUGACCUCAGUCUCCGUCGCGCGCAAGUACAGCAACUUCCUCGACGCGAUACCCACGCUGUUCUCCUGGCAACCCCCGAAACCGCCCAAGAAGGCGAAGAAAGAGGAGGACGAUAGCGACGACGAGGACGAGGACGAGGACAACAACUACCACCCGACCGCGCUGGUGUUUCUCAGCGAACUGGGCGCCGAGGGCGGCUGGGCAACGGCGUGGAACGCGAUGACGACGGCGCACAAGAGCCAGAUGGUCUGGUUCCGGUAUGGCUGGAUCGCGCUGAGCAGGUACAUGGUGCUCAACGACCUGCGGCUGGAAACGGUCGAGGGCGACGCCGACGAAAUCAAGGUCUGA